AACAAAAUUGCUUUAACAUCUAAAACACCCACAAUUUUUCAUACAUCUCAGAAAACAAAUUCAAUCUUUAUCUUCUCAUACUCUACUCCAUUAUUCCUCAAAAAUCUUAAUAUUUCUUUUCUAGUUUUUAUUUUUAUUUUUUUUAUUUUUAAAAGUUGAUAAAUCACUCCUCAUACUGUGCACUGUCUAAUCUUCAUAAUUUCUGCAAAUUUUCAUUUGAAAAAAAGUGUCUGUUUUUUGUUGUUUUUUUUGCUGUUUUUUGUUAUUUGAUCUCUCUUGGUUGGGUAAAGUUUCUUGAUUUUUGUUUGUUCUAAAGAAAGUUUCAGUUUUUUACCCCUUUUCAUUUAAUUUCCUUUGUGGGUUUUGGGUUUUAUGUAAAAAAAAAAAAAAACUAAUCUUGAAGAUUACAAAACAUAAUCUUGAUUUUCUUGUAAUUUUCUUAUAAUUUUCUUGAUGAUUGAAACAAGUGAAGAGAUGAAUAAUAAUAGUAGUGGGGUUGCAGUGGUGGGAUCAGAAGCACCUUCAGACUACCAUAUUGCUCCUAGAACUGAACCCCCCACAAAACCAAACCCUCCUCAGUCCAUCACAAGCCAGUUGGCCACCUUAUCUCCGCCGUACCCGGCGGCGUCACCGCCGGCCGGAGCAACUCCGGUGACUGAAAAGAAGAAAAGAGGCAGACCCAGAAAGUAUGGCCCAGAUGGGUCCGUCACAAAGGCUUUAUCUCCCAAACCCAUCUCAUCUGCUGCUCCACCGGUUAUUGAUUUCUCCACCGGAAAAAGAGGCAAAAUCCGGCCACCCACCACCGGAAAACUUGACCACCACCAACCACCACCAAAAGAUAUGGAAGUUUUAGGUGAUUGGGUUUCAAGCUUGGUUGGUGCUAACUUUAUGCCUCAUAUCAUCAACGUCAACACGGGAGAGGACGUGACAAUGAAGGUUAUAUCAUUCUCCCAACAAGGACCUCGUGCGAUAUGCAUUCUGUCUGCAAAUGGUGUAAUUUCCAGUGUUACCCUUCGCCAGCCCGACUCCUCUGGCGGUACAUUGACUUAUGAGGGCCGUUUUGAGAUACUGUCGUUGGCGGGGUCAUUUAUUCCGUCUGAGAACGGAGGAAUAAAAAACAGAUCCGGUGGGAUGAGUGUUUCUUUGUCAAGCCCUGAUGGGCGGGUCGUUGGCGGUAGUGUGGCGGGUCUACUGGUGGCCGCCAGCCCUGUGCAGAUUAUCGUAGGGAGCUUCUUGACGGGCGUCCAGCAGGAACAGAAAACCGCCAAGAAACAAAAACCCGAAAACAUAACAAUCACCAUCCCCACUACAGCUGCGGUUCCGGUUCCGGUUCCGGUUCCAGUGCCGGUUUCGGCUCCUGCGGCAGCACCCGUACCGACACCGGCUGCUGAGACCAAUGAGCAGUCUUCUGCUAAACAACAAAACGUAUCGUCACACUCGUUUCGUGGAGAUAAUUGGUCGUCUUCCUUUAAUGCCCCCGAGUCUCGGAACAAGCCAACUGACAUCAAUGUGAGCCUUCAGUAGUAACUUACCAUCCGUCCAUCGGUAACAAUUUGGUUAACUGACUGCAUUGGCGAUUAGACGAUGAAUCUCUCACCUUUUCAUAAUUUGGUUGUUUGUAUGUAAAACCUCUUUCCGGUUGCUUUUAGUUGGAUGUUUGAUGGGUCGGUAGUAGAUUCGACUAUUAGGAUUAGUUUUUCGGUAGAAGUUUCGUGUUUUCGUCAUCAGGUGUUAUCUGUAGAUGGUUUGGGAUUUUUCCAAUUCAUCCGAGUUAUUUUAUAAGAAUUGAAUCCUAGAACUUGUGUUUCUAUAAACUGGUCACUUGUUUUGUCA